GUAUAGUUAAUUUUGAAAAAUAUACGCUUGUUUGAAUUAGUGCUUUCUAACCUAAUAAAAGAUUUCGGUUGAUAAUAAUAUCAUAUUAAUAUAAAUGUAAUACACAUAAAUAUAAAGAAAUCAAUACUUUCAUGUGGUUGCGCAAAAAACUUGCAACUUGCCCUGUAUACAUUCUUGCAGUUAUCGUCUGCGUCUUUGAUUAUAUUUGAUGCAGUCGAACAACAAAAAAUGUAACUUCAAAUCAGUGUGAAUGGCAUACUACAUACAUCUAUAAACAUAAGUUUGAUGCUACACACAUAUGCAUGGAAGUUUACAAUUUGUUUAAAACUUUUGUAGUUUACAGUACUUGCACAAAGAAUGAUUGUACAUAAUGGAUAAAAAGUUAAACUUACCAAAUCUGGAUGAAUCUUAUUAUGAUGGCAUUGAAAAGAUUGUUGGUUCCAAGAAUGAUACAACAUUUCUAUUACCUGCAGACGUUUUACAGAAAAGGAAAGAAUUUUGGCACGACUUCUUUCAAAAGUAUGCAGAGGAGUCGGUAAUAGGAAAUGAUUUAGACUUACUUGACAUUCAAGACAGCGGACCUCAUAAAAAGUCAUUAAAAUUUAUACAACAUUGGGUAGACAAUGGUACUUUGCCAUAUAACAAUAUAAUGGAUAUAAAUAAGGAAUCAGAACAAUGUGAUGCAGCAAAAGUGUUGACAAAUACUUCCAGCAGUUCUGUUGAUACAGUUGCAUAUAUAUUAUCAAAUAAUAAUACAACUAAUAAAUUUACUACAAUGGCUAUUGUGGAGGGAGCAAAACAAGGCUCAUUGGUAGACCUUGAGAAUGAAGAUAUAGGAAGCGUAGAUACAAUAAAACUUGUCAGAAAUACAGAUGGUAGAGAUAAUAAUGACAAUGUGUUACAACAGAAUGGUGAAAAUAGUAUUGAGAAUGCUUCCAUGAUGCCCUCUGCUGAAAUUGAGAAAGAUAUAACAUUUAAGAGAAAUGAUGAACCAGAAGUAAACAGAACACCUAAAAUUAACUACAAUAAGCUAUUUACUGAGAAAUUGAUGCAUUUAAUUACUAAAAAAGAAAAUCGGAAUUCUUAUAUAAAAGAAAGCUUAAUCAAUAGAGAAUUAAAUCAAUCUUCGCGAUUCUACUUAACAGAAGAAAAUUCUGAAUGUCAAAAUGAUUCACAAAGAUUAAGUCAACGUAAAAAGUUAUAUAGUGCCAGAGAUUCACCUGUUGAUAUUGUUUCUACAAUUCGUAGAAACACAAGUAUUAUACCCAGGAGAAAACAAUUUUUGCAUCCUGCGUUAGAUUCACAGAUUACAGCAAGAAGAAGGUCUAAAUUCUUCCAAAAAAGAAGAACACAGCAGAUUAGUAUGUAUCAUAAAAGUGUGAUGAAUAGUAGCACAUUCUCCCUUCCAAAUACUAUGAGUAAAAAAUGGAGUAAUACUAAAAAAUCUUCCAUGGCUAAUUCGCAAAGUGUACGUAAAUUAAAAACUCGAGAAACAAGUCUUAGUUCCACUGACGGUAACAGUACUGUUAUAGAAUGCAAUAAUCAGAAUAUGAAUAUGUCUGCAAUAGUUAAUACUGGAAGCGAAAUUGUUAGUUCAAAUGCGAGUGAAUUUAAGAAACCUAACAAUACUGUAAGAGAAUUCAGAAAGUCUAAAUUAAGAGUUACUAGGUCUAGAUUAAAAAAUCAAAUGAAAUUAUCCUUAUCAAAACCUAAUGAACUAAACAAACUUCCAAUACCACAGAACAUAAAACCGAUAGUUUGUUUAAAACGAUUAUCCGAAUCCGACAUAAGAAAAUACAAAAAGCCGAAAAAUUUAACGAUUAAUUUUGAUAAUUUAUUAAAACCAGUAGUUCGUGUAAAACGAUUACUAGAGUCCGAUAUAGAAAAAUAUAAAAAGUCGGAUAAAGAAGUCAAGAACGUUGAGAAUUCACAUUCAGCGAUUUAUUUAAAACAGUCAUCACAAUUUGUUUCUGGCGGAAGUAGAAAAGUAGAGAAAAUGGUGAGAAUUCCUUGUAACUUAAAUGCAACAGUUCGUUUAACACGACUAUCAAAGCGCGAUAUUGAAAAUAUUACCAAUUCGAAUACAUCGAUGAAAGAUAAUAUUAAUUCGAAUACAAUAAAGAAAAAUAAUAUUAUACCGAGUACAUUAAAGAACAAUAAUUUACAGUCUCAAACUAUCCAGAUACAAAAUGAUAGAACAAGUAAUACUAAAAGACCCCUGCGCUCACAAAAUGCCUCAACUAAUUCGGUCCGCAAUAGCAAGACCAUUAACUUAUUUGAGGAUUCAGAUAGUGAUCAUAGCACUUUAUUGAUCCAUAAAUGUGAAAAUUCUAAAUCUGCAAAAGAUACAAAUAAUCCGCAUGGCUCUAGCAAUGUCUCCUUAUAUGAUAAAAUUGGAACAGAAAUUAAUAAAAUUCGUGAAAAUAACGUAAAUUUCAUGCUAGAUGAUGAAAUAGAAAUAUUGCCCAAAAGUAGCUCUAAACGUGGUAGCGAAUUCGCUCCUAAAACAAAGAACAGUUUCAUUUUCUUGUUUGACGAUAGCAAUGACUUUGUAAAACUUAUACCACGGAAAACAAAUAAAACAUUCAAAAAUAAUAUAGAUACAAGUCUAAAUGAUGCUGAUGAUACUUGUAGUACAGGUAAACCGUCAGUAACGUCUGAAAGCACUUCAUCACUAUCAAGAUGUCGUGUAGAAAAAAGGUUUAAAAGAUGGAACUUUAGGCAUGCAAAGAUGAUUAGAAAUGUACAUGAAAUGAUUCUUAGAAAUAAAAACGGUAGAUCUCCCCGAAGGGUAAAGAUAAAUUGUAACAAUGAUAAAAACAAUGCUCAAACCGCAAUUCAAAAACCAAAAGUGGUGAAUGUUAAAAAGGUUAAAAACAAGCUAGAUGCGAAUAAUCUAUAUUUUCGAACGGAACUGUUCGAUACUGAUUCAGAAGCAUCAUCGUGUUACUAAUAAUUCUUAUUAAUAUGAUAAUUAAUUAAUAUUGUAGUAUAUAAUUUGUAUAAAGUUUGGACUACUUUUGACUUAAGGAAAAGUGAAGUACAACUAAGUAUCCUGGUCUAAAGUAUCAUAUAAAUCAUUCGAAUGUAAGUGAAAUUGUUCACGGUCUAUGUUCAUACGAAAUAUUAAGAAAUUCA